AUGGCGGACGCGCUGUACAACGACUACAAGAACAACUGCCAGGAAUACAUCAGGACCGUUUCCUACACGGAGAAGAUCCUCCACGACAAUAACUCAGACAAGCACAAAUUGCUACACAUCUAUGAAAAGGCCAUCAAGAGCGCAGAAAACAUGUUUAAGAGAAUGCAGCUGGAAGCGGAAGCAAAUUCACUCAUAGGGAACAAGGACAGUGACCUCAACGACCUUCACAGAGAGAUAACGGAGUAUAAAGGAAAGUUGAACCUACUUAAGGAAAACUUCCUCUCCAAAGAAAGAGAAAAAAACGAAAUGAAUAACCACUAUGAUGAUCGAAUGCUACUACUGAGCGAUGUAGAUCUUCUGGAACAAGGAGACAUUUACAUUAACCAGUCCAAAAUUCUCCUAACAAACGCAGAGUAUAUCAGUAAUGACGUUCUGCAAAAUCUCAACAAACAGAGAGACUCCAUAAGGAAGGGACUCUCCAACAUGCCUUUCCUUACAGACAAAUUAGAUCAAGCAAAAAAUCUCAUCCAUCUGAUAAAGAAAAAACAACUCUUAAACAAGUACCGACUAUACAUCAUUUUUGUUCUCAUAUUUUUAACAUUCGUUUUUGUCUCUGGAGUUAAGUAUAGGAGGUAUGUGAAUAGCUUGAAUCGUCAGCAUACGCAACCCGUUGGCCCACCUCUUCACGAUUUUAUGGGUAACGCGAAGGAAUUCAACGACCCGCCGACUCCCACAAGUGCAUUAGCAGUUGGCACGGCGGAACCAGAGAACGAGAAGAAUAAACCCCCAAACAGGAAUGAACCGAAGAUGAUUGUGUACGAUUUUAUCGAGAAGAAGGAAGACAACGUGAAGGAGAGAAGCGGCAUCGUAGCGAGUGACGCGCAGGAUGGUGGAGCCACCACGAAGCCCCCAAACGGUGAAGGCAUAGGUGGGAGCAGUGGAAUCGAUCGAAGCAGUGGGAACAAGGGGGAGGAAUCCUCCCCUAAUCAAAGACAGGCGGAGAGCAGCCCCCCCGGGGGGUACACCAAUCGGCACAGGGAGGAUGAUAAGGAAGUGAACCAAAAGGGGCAUGUCUAA